CAUGGGAGACGUAGAUCCAAACGAGAGGAGGAUUGUUCUGGUAGGGAAGACCGGCGUGGGGAAGAGCGCAGCAGGAAACACCAUCCUGGGGGGGAAACCCUUCGAGUCAGAGCUGUCUCCGACCUCCCUGACGACUGAAUGUAACAAGGUCAAAGGGUCGGUGGACGGUCGGCCGGUGGCCGUCAUCGACACUCCGGGGCUGUUUGACACAAACCUCACCCAGGAGGAAGUGCAGAGCAGGAUCAAGAUGUGCAUUUCCCUGUCAUCUCCGGGUCCUCAUGCCUUCCUGGUGGUCCUGCAGCUGGGCCGCUUCACCCAGGAGGAGAAAGACACCGUCCAGAUGAUCCAGACCACGUUCGGCGAGGACGCGGCCAGAUACACGAUGGUGGUGUUCACACACGGAGACCAGCUGGAGGACCAAACCAUCGAAGGCUUCAUGUCCAAGAAUCCCGACCUGGAGGCCUUCAUUCAGAGUUGCUCCAACAGAUACCACGUCUUCAACAACAAGGUUAAAGAGCUCACACAAACCAGCCAACUGCUGGACAAAAUCGACAUGAUGACGACAGCCAACGGUGGAAGCUGCUACAGUAACGACAUGUUCGCGAGGGCGGAGGCCGCCAUCAAGGAGGAGAAGGAGCGACUGCUGAAGGAGAUGGAGGAGGAGAAGCAGAAGGAGCUGAAGGAGCUCAGGGUGAAAGUCUCGGAGGAAGUCUACCGCAAGGUGGAGACCCGGGUGAACCGGAAGUACGAGGUACAAGCCCGGAGUCGUGCAGAGAAGUCCAACAAAUUCAUCACCCCGUUGACUAUCGUCGCAGUCAUGGGCGGCGCCGCCAUCGGAGUUGCCGUGGCCGCCGCAGCUGCCAUGAAUCCGGCAGUUGGAGCCAUGGCCGGCACCGCCGCCAAAGCUGCCGCUGGGGCAAUAACCGUGGCAGUCUCCAAACGCUGCGUUCUGCAGUGAAGACAACACGACCUUCCCGAUUCCUGGAAAGGUUCUACUUAGGAAUCUGUGACUACAUUUCCAUGCAGUCAAUAACCCUUUUCUAACCGGUAUAUUAGCAAUAACCCGGUUGUGCACGGCCAUGUAAACACCAAUAACCCCUUUGAAUAACUGGAAUUUGCUUAUAUUCCGGUUUUUAAAAACCCCAAUAUGACCCCAGGGUUCCUCCUUUUCUAACUGAAUAUUUGGUCAUGUAAACGCCUAACGGAAUAUCCCCAUCAAAUGGAACAGGAAUCUGUUUUCUGCGCAUGUUCUUUUCGCAAGGAAUCUUGUUCUUUUGAGUCCAGGAGGUUCUUAUAAACACGGAGAAACCAAGACCAGGAGGAGACUAAUCACUUCAUAAAUGUAAUGAAAGAUAUGAACAUUUCUGCAUUUGUAGACGGUAGAAAGUACCGGGAUAGAGAGAUUUACUAAAAGGUGAGCCAAAAGUUACGUGAAGCAGGAUUUGUAGGAACGCCAGACCAGAUCAAGCUCCGCUGGAAGAUGCUGAAAAGGGCAAACUAUAGGGACAAGAAACAAAAGGUACCAGUGGGUCCGAUUAUCCUCCGUGCUGCUGUUAUUGUUGUUGUUGUUGUAGAUUUGGAUACAGGAAGAAGAAGCAGAAAUGAGGGGAAUUGCAUCAUGACGUUCUCCGUGAGUCACUGGUUUGAUCCAGAUAAAUGAUUAAUCACCAUGUAUACAGGGAUAACCCUGUUAGCUCACGCAUGGAAACAUAUUAUUCCCAAUGUUUCAGUAACCGGAAUAUUGACCUUAACCCCAAGUUUGACUGCAUGGAAACGUAGUCUGUUCUACUCUGCUGGGAGGAACCUUCUCUACUUUCUUUAUUCUGAUACCACAUCUUACCACAGCCGAAUAAUUAAUAUCAGCCGACACCUGAUAGCGAUCUGGAGGUUCUGAGGGCAUCAUGUUUCAGGUCUGGACUCCUCCCAUCCUUACUGGCGGUAAACAACACCCAAACUGGCUUUGGACUCCAAUCCUGGACAUCUCUGAGGACCGUGAAUCACCUUAUGGCAGAAGGUCACACACCAACAACACUAACACAACAACACGGCAGAGGAGACUAAAGACACUGAAGAAACUACAGAUAGACGAGAAAACAAGACCACGACUAAAUGAGACAUGAAACAAGAAGGAAUCUGGAAUGGAGCCCUAAAAUAACCUAAACGUCCACACCUGCUGCUGAGUUAAAAGCCUUUAAACUGUCCUAACUCUGUAUCACAACAUGUAGAUGAGAUGAAGACCGACCCCGAUCCAAAUCCAGAGGUGCAACAACGCUGGAUGUUACGUGAGGGGCUGUUUCGAGUAUUUAAGCAAACUUCAGCUGAAAGGAGGACGAGGACUUUAUGAAAUCACGCAGGAACCAAGCAGCAGGUUCCAGAACCAAGCCCAAACUCGUGCAGAGACGUCCAACGACUUCAUCACAAUUAACUGAAUUCCCCCCGAAAAAGCCAGAACAGAAGAAUUAUUUGAAUUAAAGGGUGAAACUGCAGAACUGAUUAUCCUGGAUUAGUAACAUCUGUUGAAAACAUUGGAAAUGUCGGCUUCUGCAGUAGGCAGCACGGUGGCUUAGUGGUUAGCACUGUUGCCUCACAGCAAGAAGUUCCCCGGUUCGACUCCCAGGCCCGGCAGGAUCUUUCUGUGUGGAGUUUGCAUGUUCUCCCCGUGCUUGCGUGGGUUUUCUCCGGGUACUCUGGCUUCCUCCCACAGUCCAAAAACAUGCAUAUUAGGUUAAUUGGUGAUUGUAAAUUGCCCGUAGGUGUGAGCGUGAGUGUGGUUGUGAGCAUGGUUUGUGUGUUUAUAUGUGGCCCUGUGAUGGACUGGUGACCUGUCCAGGGUGUAACCCCUGCCUCUCACCUGAAAUGAGCUGGGAUAGGCCCCAGCAGACCCCCGUGACCUAUAAAUAAAUAUAAAUAAAUAUAAAGCGGAUAAAGCGGGUAUAGAUGAUGGAUGGAUGGAUGGUCUGCAGUUUAAAGCUCCCGUGUUCUGCUCUUCCUGUCAUACAUCCUGUCAUUUAAAGGCAUUUUUUUCUGUCAUUUAAAGACCUGAACGGUUGAUUAGGUAGUAAAUAAAAGUUUCAAAGAGCAGUCAUUGAUUGAUUGAUUACCAAGAGCUCAUUGUUCCAGAUCAACCCCGCAUCUUUAGACCAGACGGAGUUCAAAACGGAGUUCAAAAACAACCAUGUUCCCACCCAUAGAUGGACUUUGAUGUGUCCCAGUUGGUUUGUGUCCAUGUUGGUCCUACUUCUAUCUGACCAAAUAGACUCUGUGUCCAUAUGGUCAACCCAGACCAGUUCUGUUGGUGCCCCCCCUAAAAUUCUGCCCCUCCUGAGCCCACGGCCAGACUUCCCAUGUAAAAUCCAUUUCAAGACCACUCUGGAUCUGAGUAGCCCCUUUUAAUCCAGACGAAGGUGCUGAGUUCUGGUAAAACGCGGUGCACUGGUGUAAACUCAAGCCUGAAUUAUGGUUUCACGUUAAACCAACGCAGAGCCUACGCUGUUGCCGUGACGCCGUCGUGAACCCUUCGGACUUCUCCGUCACUCCAUUUCGCCGCAGUGCAGUAACCCCCCAGAGCGCUAGUUGAUACUUUUGUUUAGCUUAUGGUUUUUCUGGUCACAGUGAAUCAAAGAGAUAAGGACAAAUGCAAAAAACCAAAACAACCCCCCCCAAAAAAACACACAGACAUGAAGAAAAGAGGCUGAAAGUUGAUGACUGCUUCACGAACCGAGCUACACCAAUCUAGUGGUGGAGGAGGGAGCUACAUCCAUCUAGUGGUGGAGGAGGGAGCUACAUCCAUCUAGUGGUGGAGGAGGGAGCUACAUCCAUCUAGUGGUGGAGGAGGGAGCUACAUCCAUCUAGUGGUGGAGGAGGGAGCUACAUCCAUCUAGUGGUGGAGGAGGGAGUUAGAUCCAUCUAGUGGUGGAGGAGGGAGCUACAUCCAUCUAGUGGUGGAGGAGGGAGCUACAUCCAUCUAGUGGUGGAGGAGGGAACUACAUCCAUCUAGUGGUGGAGGAGGGAGUUACAUCCAUCUAGUGGUGGAGGAGGGAGCUACAUCCAUCUAGUGGUGGAGGAGGGAGUUACAUCCAUCUAGUGGUGGAGGAGGGAGCUACAUCCAUCUAGUGGUGGAGGAGGGAGCUACAUCCAUCUAGUGGUGGAGGAGGGAGCUACAUCCAACUGACCUGGCGUUUCAGCUGCAGAAGCUCCGGUGGUUGUAGAGACCAGAUCAGCUAUUUAUUUUCUUUUUCUAUUUCUUGGUGUAAAGAAAUUUGCAGAAACAUCUUAAUGGGACCUGAAGUCUGCAGUCUCAGUGUUGUUUUUUUUACUGAACUUUUACUGAAGUUUGAACUAGAAUCAAGGACCCAAUACGUUUUUUACUUCCUCCUACUUCCUUUUGGGCAUGAAAGUUUAUUUCCCUUUGAUUUUGUUUAAUUACUGUUUAUUUGUAUUCUUUUUUGUUUUGUGUAAUUGUUUUUUGUUUUUUAUGUUCGAAAUAAAGAUUUCAAUCAAUCAAUCAAUCAAUCAAUCAAUCAAUCAAUCAAUCAAUCAAUCAAUCAAUCAAUCAAUCAAUCAAUCAAUCAAUCAAUCAAUCAUUACUAAAUAAAAUAAAAAAUCUCAUGUUACAUGUUGGACAUAAACAUCCAUGAAACCAGAUCAAUGAUUUUGGAAAUGUGUAUAUUAUUUAAUGAUUAAUUAAUGUAAUAACUAGUAAAUCCUGAGAUGAUGAGUUUCCAGCAGCGUCCUGAUUGGCUGCAGCUCCGUCGGUACCUUUUACACAAAUAUACAUGGACGUCAUUAAAAAACUCAAAAUAUAUGAAAUAAAACAACUUUGGCAUUUUAUUGUGUUGUUCUUUUUGUGUGUAAAAAAUGAAGAAAUAAAGAUAAAGGU